AUGGCCAUGCUGGUGGUGUGCGGCACGCUGUCCGUGUACAAGGGCCACGUGAUGGUGGCGAACGCGGACCUGAUAUGGGACACGUUGCACGUGGCCCGGUACGCGUUCAUCACGUGCGCCGGCCGGGACGAGUCGGAGCUGCGGCGCGCCGGGUCGCUGCUGCGCGCGCUGCUCCGCGCGUUCGUCGCGGUUAGCUACCAGACGCUGGCCAUAUGGAUCGCGAUCCCGUGGCUGACGGACGACCGCGUGCCGGUGGCCAAUGGCGACGGCACCAUGGCCGAGUACCGCAUGAACGUCAACAACCUGUGGACGCCGUUGCCCGUGGCCGUGUACAACGCGACGGCCGUCUGGGCCGUCGUCUACGCGAUCGAGGUGUUCCUGAUCACCGUCAACGUGUUCUUCUGGGCGCUGUUCGACUGCUACCUGGUCACCAUGUGCUUCGUGCUCAACGCCCAGUUCCACACCAUCGCGGCCGCUUACGAGAAGCUCGCAUGGUCGCCGUCGCCGCAUCGCCACUCUGGCAUUCGUGAAAAUAACGAUGGAUUCGAGCUGGAUCACUAUGAUAACUUGAUACUACACAUUAAAGAUAAUCAACGUAUAAUGAUGAAAUUCAAUGAUUUUUUCGACAUCGUUCAGCCGGUAAUCCUAGUUCAAAUAGUAAACGGUUCGUUCUUGGUAAUUACAUUAAUAUACCUCACCCUAUUGAUGUAUUUCACGGGUUGGUCGAUUAAAUCGUUACCGAUUUUGAAAUUUUUCUCCGGCAUGGCCUCUCUUACUAUUGAACUUUACAUUUACUGCUACGCGUUCAAUCACAUUGAAACAAAGAAAAAUGUGGUGAAUUUCGGACUGUACAGUAGUAAUUGGACUGCGAUGAGUAUAAAGUUCAAAAGGACACUGUUGGCGACAAUGAAAAUGAACGCGGCCCAUCAGCGAUUGAUGAAAAUCACGCCAAUUUCAAUCGUUAAUCUAGAAAUGUUCUCUAAGGUGAUGAACAUGUCAUACUCGGUUGUGACUGUAUUGCUGAAUUCCAACUCUACACAAACAAAAGAAAUGGAAUAA